CAUCACUUACCCAACAAUCGCUUGGAGCGAUUCGACUGCAAUGGAAUGAAAGGAACCUGCGUAUGUGCUAGGCACCUCGGUUGUGACAAGAGUCAAUGUUGUUAGUUCAUUUACGUUAGAAUCUGUACAUGGCAGUAUUUCGAAGCUAGACUGGUGCGAUAAGUGUGCUUGCUGAUGACGUACAGUGAUUAAAUGGUAACUAAAAGAAAGAGUUUGCCGGUGGAAUAAAGCAAUGCCUGCCAAAAUCAUAUUAAAACAAUAGCGCUACUGCUGGCUUUCGCGUGUUGUACGUCUGUGUUCCCCCCACGUCCGUUACUGAAUAGAUCACGAUGAAGAUAUCAGCUGUUAGUUGUUGAAAACGAACGACAUUUCGACGGCAUAUUGAGGCAGACUUGUCAAGCAGUUCAAGACAUCGAGCUAUUGAAGGCGUUCAUCGUGUUCCUGAACCAUUUGAAUUUCCGUGCAUCUUUUCUUGAGAACGAUGCGAAUAGCUACUUCAAUUUAAUGGCAGUAAAAAAUAGUGAUAAAUAAAUUCGCGCACGCGUUCCACAGUGACUUCGAUCAGGCCGCUACUCGACACAGACGUCACGAUGGACCCUCUAGUACCCACCAACUGUACAUUCUCCUCGAUCAAUGACUUUCCGCCGGACCUGUUCACGCAAGAGCAGAGGGCGACUGGGGCGAUCGCAAUUCAUAUCUCUGUAAUUCUCUAUAUGUGCGGCGUAAUGGGUAUCGUUUGCAAUCGCUACUUUAUACCUAGCCUGGAAAUUGCCAGCGAUGCCUGCGGUCUUUCGUCGGAUGUCGCCGGUGCGACUUUCAUGGCAAUAGGAACCUCUGCCCCUGAACUAUUCAGCUCUGUCAUCGGCUCGUUUAUCACUGAGGGUGACAUCGGAGUUGGCACCAUUGUUGGAUCGGCGGUAUUCAAUAUUCUUGGUGUGACGGCAGUAAUUGGCCUGGCGGUCGGUAAAAAGGACUUGAAAAUUGACUGGUUCCCGAUAAGUCGCGACAGCGUCGUAUACAUAAUGAGCGUCACCCUUCUUAUAAUCAUUAUUUCGGACAACUUCGUGUCAUGGUACGAGGCAGUAAUCCUGCUGUUAUUUUACGGUCUAUAUGUGGCCAUUAUGCUUUUUAACACGCGUCUAGACAAAGUUGCGCACUACGGGAUUGCAUAUCUCUCAAAAAAAGUAAAAUCAACGGAAUACACUGCUCUUUUGGAGGAGACCACAGUGGCUCAGUGCAACGACGAUGAUAACAGAAAAUUACCAUCUCCAAUUUUUGAGGUUCCAAAUGGAGGGUUCUUCGCACUAAUUUCGUGGCUUAUUUUUCUGCCCGCGAAUAUCGUCCUUACGUGCACAAUUCCUGAUGUCAGAGGACAACUUCGGUGUUUAUACCCUCUGACCUUCUUGAUUUCGGUUCUAUGGAUUGGACUGAGUUCCUACAUCACUGUAUGGAUGGUCACCGUCGGAGGAUACACGCUUGGCGUUCCAGACACGAUUUCAGGGCUUACCAUCCUUGCUACUGGCACCAGCGUGCCGGAGCUGUUCGCGACUGUUCUGGUAGCGAGAAGCGGAAAGGGCAAUAUGGCCCUGUGCAGUCUUCUCGGGUCGAACAUCUUCGAUCUCCUUUUCUGUCUCGGCGCACCUUGGCUUGCCAAAACAGUCAUCGCUAAUCGAGAAAUAUUGAUUCAGUCGUUAGCACUUACAUACACCUCGAUCACUCUGUUGGCAACCAUUGCUCUGCUGUACUCCGCAAUGGUGAUCAUGAAAUGGAAGGUGAACUACCUGACGGGGGUCUUAUGUCUCGCGCUUUACGUGAUCUUCAUCACCCUCGCGUGCCUUUAUGAGUUCCUUAUGUUCGGUUUUAGCAUCCCAUGCUGAAAUCUUCCAACCUACAAUGACCUUGACAAAGGCUGCAUUCAUACGAUGUUUUCCUUCUGUAGAACUCGUGUCGAAGAACUCAAUGUGUAACUAGCAAAUUUUUAUGGUAAUCUUUGUUUGUUAACUAAUUUAUUAUUAGGAUGUUCCUCAAUCUAUCGAACGUUUCUGUUGAUUGAUGUAGCAGGUUUUUCGCUCCAGCUACUCAUGCUAAUGGCCGGCGUUGAAGAAAGCGGAAUCAUGUGGCUGUUUGAAUGAAGUAAAAUAACAAUCUAGCAUUUGUUAUCGGUCGCAGUUGUGAUACCUUGGUGAUUCACUGCCACGUGGCUGUAGCUAACUGAUAAGGUCUUUCAGAUGGGUAAUUUUCAAAAUGAAAGAAAUAAAAUGAGAACUUUUACAAAUUUGUUGUACACCUUUAAACGUAUGGUUUUUUUUAGCUAAUCGCUAAAUUGAGCAUUUUUAUCGCCGUAACGUUGUUGAAUGUGAAUCAUCAAUAGGUUUGUUUAGUAACAAAAUGUUGUCAUUUCAAAUUUGACGGACACACAAAUAAAUGAAUAUAUCUAUUCAGUA